UUUCCGUGCUCGCUGGUGCUGGAGGUGCGGGGUACCCAUCCCCCCCCCGCCCCUUCUACAGCCGGAGAACCAGCUGAGCCCCCGGGAGAAGCCCCCUCCCCGUGGCUGGCUGCUGGCAGCAGGGGGCGGUGAGAGCUGGAGACAUGCGAACGGAGACAGCCGGAGAGCCGCGAUGGAGCUGAGCCAGGCCUGGGGCUGGGGGCGCUUCUCCCGGGCUCCUCGCUGAGCUGCCGGGGCUCAUGGCUGCGGGCAGCAGGGGGCGAGCCGGACAGCGAGUGGGGGACUUGAAUCUUUAGUAGUCACUGCUGGGCUCUCGCUCUUCGGGGGUCUCAUGGUGUCCUGCCUGCCUACCCCCUGCCCAGAAGAUGACCAGAUUGCUAUUGGGAGUCACUCUAGAGAGGAUCUGUAAGGCUGUCCUCCUGCUUUGCCUGGUUCACUUUGUCAUCAUCAUGAUCCUCUACUUCGACGUAUAUGCCCAACACUUGGACUUCUUUAAUAGGUUUAAUAUCAAAAACUCGUCCCGAUUGCACCCUUAUUACAACUUCUCACGCCCCAACGGCACUGCCCACAGCUAUGCCGCUGCCACCUCUGCUGGGGAGCCAUUAACACCAAGUUCCAAGAUGGAACUCAAUCAAACAGUCACCGAAAAGCCGCUGUUCCCGUGUCCAGAUUCACCUCCGGGUCUUGUCGGCCGUCUCCUGAUUGAGUUUAGCUCCCCCAUGACCAUGGAAAGAGUCCAAAGGGAAAAUCCUGAUGUGACCGAAGGUGGCAAAUACACACCGCCCGACUGCCAGCCCAAAGAGCGGGUGGCUAUUAUCAUUCCUUUCCGGCACCGGGACCAUCACCUGAAAUACUGGUUGCACUAUCUCCACCCUAUACUGCGGCGCCAGAAAGUGGGGUAUGGAAUUUAUAUCAUCAAUCAGUUUGGAGAGGACACCUUUAACCGAGCCAAGCUCUUAAACAUCGGUUUUCUGGAGGCGCUGAAGGACGCAGACUAUGAUUGUUUUAUCUUUAGUGAUGUGGACCUCAUCCCAAUGGAUGACAGAAACCUCUAUCAUUGUUAUGAGCAACCACGCCACUUUGCCAUCGCCAUGGACAAGUUUGGAUUUCGGUUGCCAUAUGCCGGCUAUUUUGGAGGGGUUUCUGGACUCAGCAAAGCUCAAUUUCUAAAGAUCAACGGCUUCCCCAAUGAAUACUGGGGCUGGGGAGGAGAAGACGAUGAUAUUUAUAACAGAAUAACUCUCAAUGGCAUGAAAGUCUCCCGACCUGAUAUCCGCAUCGGCCGCUAUCGUAUGAUCAAACAUGAACGCGACAAGCACAACGAACCCAAUCCUCAGAGGUUCACGAAAAUCCAGAACACAAAGAUGACCAUGAAGAAAGAUGGCAUUAACUCUCUGCACUACCAGGUGGUACAUUUCGCCAAAUACCCCAUGUACACAAACAUCACAGUGGAUAUUGGGAAGCCCCCGCCUCGGCCAGCUCGAGGGUGAUUUAAUUUACUGACUGGCGCUCUGCUCUCUGGACAUUGCCUGCUUCUGACGCCUUCUGCAGAGAGAUCCAU